CACUGCACACCGCUGCAUUCUGUCUUUUGUCAAUUCCCAUAAAAAUGUCACUCCUGCAACGAUUUUCCCGGACAACGAUUUCCUCCAUUCGUUCAUUCAGCACAGCACGCCCUUUAUUUAACGAAGCAACUACCAGCACAAAUGCUACUUCCAAAGGCUUGAACCAAUUCUUUGAGAAUGGUGAAGCUCUCCCAAAACAAAUUUGGACUGGACGCGCAUGGAAGGCUAGUGAAUUACGCUUAAAGUCAUUUGACGAUUUGCACAAGCUGUGGUACGUGCUUCUCAAGGAACGAAACGUAUUGGCAACACAGCGUGAAGAAGCAAAGAGAAUGGGUAUCAACAAGCAGAUUUGGACAAACGCCGGUCGUUUGAAGAAGUGCCAGAAAUCGAUGGCACGCAUCAAGUUUGUAUUGAACGAACGACAACACGAAUACGAAAAACUUUUGGCCGAAAAGCCGGCUUCUUCGUAAUGGAUCGAAACAAAAGACGACAGCACACAAUACGCAUUUAUUAAAGCUUUCGAAAAACGAACCCCUCAACACCCUCUUCACUCGCAUAUCUCUUUUAAUUUUUUUCCAUCUUGUAUGAUCGUCACUAGCGAAAACAAUAUGUGGAUUAGGAAGAGUGGCUCAGGUUUUUUUUGUGAAUAAAGAAGUUACUACUAGAAUAUUGUAUACACUAAUUAUUUGAAUUUUUUGGAUAUAUGUAAAGUAAUGAUUUGAUUAUGGGGUCGUAAAGAGAUACUACCACCAUGUCAUAGCGUGAAUGGUCGGCGCAUGAAAAUGCUGAAAGUUGGCUCGUGUACGACUUGAACACCA